AUGUCAAACACAGAGGCGAAAUCAAAGAAAAUGGAGGGAGGAGAUACGUCCUCCCAUGUAUUUGGUAAUGCAUUGCAGACUUGGAUAGAAAUUGACUUGCCAUCAUUGCAAAAGAAAUUAGAUGAACAAGGAAUAGAGUUGAAAGAGGAUCAAAAGGCUUCUUUGUUAAGCAGAAAGAACUUAGCCUCAAAAACAAAAGAAUUCAAAAAGUUGGAAGAUUCUGAGAAAUUGAAUCAAUUCAAAUCGUUAUUGAAGUUGUAUCAAAAUGAAAUUGAUAAUUUGACCACUAAGAACAAAAUGGUUGAGAGUUAUUUCUUUGGAAUUUAUAGAAGCUUGGCCGAAGCACCUGAUCCACGUCCAUUACUCGAAAUGUCUUUAGACUCAGUAAUUGAAUCAAAAGAAACCUUAUCGUUGAGAAAAGAAGUCGAUAGGUUGACUGAUGAGUUGGCAAAACGUGCCGAUUAUGACAACUUGAAACAAAGAUUAUUGCAGAAUGAACAAAAGGCAGCAGAAUUAUUGAGUUUGAAAUUAAAUGCUAAAGAAGAUGAAUUCAAGUCAAUAAUAGAUGAAAAAGAAUCUAAUUGGUUGGAAAAGGAAAACCAUUUGAAAGAUCAAAUCAAGAUAGCACAAAGACAAAUUGAAGAAUUACGAACUUCCAAUGAGGUAACUGAGUUGAAGUUAGAUAACCAAAACAAACAAACUGGAAGAGAUGGUGUUUCAGCUUCUACAUUAGCAGAGUUGGAAAUUGUAACCAGAGAUGCAGAGGCAUCGAAGAAAAGAGUAUUUGAAUUGGAGAAAAGAAAUGAAGACUUGAGGCGUGAAUUAUCAAAGUCACAAAAUGAUAUUGAAAUUAAACUGAUCAAAGAGGAUUAUUCCAAAAGGGUGUCUGAGUUGGAAGGUGAAAAUGUUCUUUUAGUAGCCAAUUUAAACCAAACUCGAAAAAAGUUGCAAGAUUCUGAUAAAGAACAUGCGUUGAAGACAGAUUCAUUGAAUCGCGAUAUCUCGAGUAUGGAACUUGAAAUUAAGAAUUUAAAACUUCAAUUGGACAAAGCAUCUGACUAUGAAGAGAUUAAAGGCGAGUUGCAAUUACUCAGACAAAUUGAGUUUGGACAUGGAGAUGAGGACGAUGAAACUGGAAAUGCAAAUGCUAAAGUGGACUCGAUACUUAUAGAAAGAAACAAAUCACUUACACAACAAUUGGCAGAUCAUAGAGCCCAGCAUGAUGAUUUGAAUUCAAAAAUUGUCAGCCUAGAAGCACAAGUGGAAUCAUCCUUAGCGGAGGUUAACAGACUUAAAGAGUUGAAUGAAAAGUUAGAAAAUGACUUGGCCAAUCUUCAAGAUGUUGCUAGCAGCAACAGGUUCAAUGAUAAUGCAAGUUUAAUUUCAGGUAUGUCCAGAAUGACCAGACCAAAUGGUAGAAGUGGAAGCAUUAUUUCCGGUCACCCAGGCAAUAAUAGUUUUGGUAGUGGAUUGGGGAUUGUCGCAGAAGACUCACCAUCAAUUUUACCAAUAAUAACCAAGCAAAGAGAUAGAUUCAGAGAAAAAAAUAAUGAGUUAGAGGAAGAACUCAGAAAACAAUUCAACCUAGUGAAUGAAUUAAAGAGACAGAACAAUUCAUUGAAAAAAGAUAAUGAAGAGUUGUACGAAAGAACAAGAUAUUUGGCAUCAUUCCAAACACCAGGUACAAGAAAUAUAACUACUACAUCAACGGGAAGAAAAUUCUUGAACCCAAAACCAAAUACUGAUUUAGAGAGUAAUCCAUAUCAACAAAGCUAUGAGUUAAAAUUGCAUCCAAUUGAACAGUUUAGAAUGAGGGAGCAGGAAAGAAUAAAUUCUAGAUUAUCUCCGUUGGAAAGAUUAUUCAUAUCGAUAACAAGAGCAGUUUUGACCACCAGAACAACACGUAUGUUAUUUUUAGCUUAUUGUUUGGGACUACAUAUUAUUGUUAUGUUUGUGACAAUUUAUGCCAUGAAUUUGCUGACCACCUUGAUACCAGAAGUUGGAAAGAAUACGAGUACUGGUGGAAUAGCUUCAAGCAAAGUAGUUAAUGAUGUUCUGUCUGGGAAAGUAGCGAGUCCCUUAUAA